CCCUGUUCAAUUGGGAAGGCACGCUAGACAAUCGCGUAAACAAUGGCCCCUGCCGCGACCCCACCAAACUAACACCAACAUAGCGGCCCUCACCGCAAGUUGCACCAGGGCCCUCCUAAUCCAACACUCAAGCUACAACUCCGACGCUUCUUCUCCAGUCUGUUUGAUACAGCGAACAUCAUCCACCAUGCGAGGAGAGAUCUGCCACCUCCACAUCGGCCAGGCUGGUACGCAGCUUGGUAACAGCGCUUGGGAGCUAUACCUCCUUGAGCACGGCCUCAAGGCUGAUGGCCGCCCUGAUCCGGAUGCGAAGGAGCUUAACGAGGGCGGAUCUUUCGAGACCUUCUUCACCGAGACCGGCAACGGCAAAUACGUCCCUCGCUCCAUCUUUGUCGAUUUAGACCCAUCCCCCAUUGACGAGAUCCGAACCGGAACCUAUCGCCAAUUGUUCCACCCCGAGCUGUUGAUCAGCGGCAAGGAGGAUGCUGCCAACAACUAUGCACGUGGUCACUACACCAUUGGCAAGGAGAUGGUCGACAGUGUCAUCGAUAGGAUUCGUCGCGUCGCAGACAACUGCUCCUCGCUUCAGGGUUUCCUCAUCUUCCACUCGUUCGGUGGUGGUACAGGGUCCGGUUUCGGUGCCCUCCUCCUCGAGCGCCUCUCGACGGACUACGGCAAGAAGUGCAAGCUCGAAUUCGCUGUGUACCCUGCUCCUCGCGUCUCUACCUCUGUUGUGGAGCCCUACAACGCUGUUCUCUCGACUCACAGCACUAUUGAGAAUGCGGACUGCACUUUCCUGGUAGACAACGAAGCCGUCUACGAUAUCUGCCGUCGUAGCUUGGACAUCCCCCGUCCCAACUAUGAGCAUCUGAACCGCUUGAUUGCUCAGGUUGUCAGCUCGAUCACCUCCAGCUUGCGUUUCGAUGGUGCCCUCAAUGUUGAUCUGAACGAGUUUCAGACUAACCUCGUGCCCUACCCGCGCAUCCAUUAUCCCCUCAUCAGCUACGCUCCUGUCAUCUCGGCCAAGAAGAGCUCCCACGAGAGCUUCAAGGUCAGCGACCUCACAUUCCAGUGCUUCGAGCCCAAUAACCAGAUGGUUGUUUGCGACCCGCGCAAUGGAAAGUACAUGGCUGUUGCCCUUUUGUACCGUGGAGACAUUGUCCCUCGUGACUGCAGUGUUGCCGCUGGGCAACUCAAGGCCAAGUCCUCCUUCAACCUGGUUGAAUGGUGCCCAACUGGCUUCAAGCUUGGAAUCAACUAUACCAAGCCCAUCAGCGUCCCCGGGAGCGAGCUCGCGGCUGUCGACCGAAGCGUCGCUAUGCUCAGCAAUACCACCGCUAUCUCCGAAGCCUGGUCUCGUCUCGACCACAAGUUCGAUCUCAUGUACUCCAAGCGCGCUUUCGUUCAUUGGUACGUUGGCGAGGGUAUGGAGGAGGGAGAGUUCUCCGAGGCUCGUGAAGAUUUGGCAGCUUUGGAGAAGGACUACGAGGAGGUUGCCAGCGAUUCUCUCGAUGACGAGGGUAUUGAAGAGGGCGAGUACUAAGCGUCAUAUCCUCAACCAC